AAAGUAUUGCCGCAUAACGCAAUUUGCCGAAAAAUCAGGAUAAUAUAUUUUCUCUACUCUGAAUGUUAUUAUUAUUAUCUUAUAAUAACUUUUUGCUUUGAUCUCUAUCCAUAUACCUUGCUCACAACUUAGCAACAUAGUUUAACCCUACUCUGAAAAAUGGCUUUAUUCUUACUUUUUGUUGUGUUCUCCCUGUCUUGUGUGAAGGGUGUAGAGCUAAAAAACUCAUCACUACCUUCUUGUGAUUUUCCUGCAAUCUACAACUUUGGGGACUCUAACUCAGACACUGGAGGCAUUUCAGCUGCAUUUCAACCAAUUCCUUCACCAUAUGGUGAUGGCUUUUUCCAUAAACCUUCUGGAAGAGAUAGCGAUGGUCGUGUCAUUCUUGAUUUCAUAGCUGAGAAGCUAAAUUUGCCAUAUUUAAGUGCUUAUCUGAAUUCACUUGGAACCAAUUAUAAACAUGGUGCAAAUUUUGCAACUGGUGGAUCCACCAUUAGGAGACAGAAUGAGACUAUAUUUGAAUAUGGAAUAAGUCCAUUCUCUCUUGAUAUUCAAAUUGUGCAGUUCAAUCAGUUCAAAACAAGAACAAAGCUGCUUUACCAAGAAGCAAAGAAUUCAGUUGAAAGAAGCAAGCUUCCUGUACCUGAGGAAUUCUCUAAGGCACUCUACACAUUUGAUAUUGGUCAAAAUGAUCUCUCUGUUGGGUUUAGAAAGAUGAACUUCGACCAAAUUCGUGUAUCCAUGCCAGAUAUAGUUAACCAGUUAGCUUCUGCAGUCAAAAAUAUAUACCAACAAGGGGGGAGGUCAUUUUGGAUACACAACACUGGUCCCAUUGGGUGUUUGCCAGUGAACCAAUUUUACAAACAUAAUCUACCAGUUGGAUAUCUUGACCAGUAUGGAUGUGUAAAUGAUCAUAAUGUGAUGGCUGUUGAAUUCAACAAGCAGCUUAAAGACAGAGUUGUCAAGAUGAGAACGGAACUUCCAGAAGCUGCAAUUACUUAUGUAGAUGUUUAUGCUGCAAAAUAUGGACUAAUCAGCAAUACCAAAAAUGAAGGAUUUGUGGAUCCAAUGAAUAUAUGUUGUGGGUAUCAUGUGAAUGAUACUCAUAUAUGGUGUGGGAAUUUGGGAAGUGCAAAUGGGAAAGAUGUGUAUGGUACUUCAUGUGAAAAACCAUCAAUGUAUGUGAGUUGGGAUGGUGUUCAUUAUGCUGAGGCUGCUAACCGUUGGGUUGCUAAUCGUAUACUCAAUGGAAAUUUCACAGACCCAUCAACACCAAUUUCACACGCAUGUUAUAGGGGCAUUAAAAGCAUCAGUUAGAUUAGAACCAUUUCUGUUAUGCAAAUUCUUAAAGGGAAUUUCACUUUUAUUAUUCAUGUAAUAAUAGAUGAAAAACCAAUGCUUGGAAUUCCUUGAAUGUUCUCAGACGAAACAUUCAUUGGCAAUUCACCUUCUAAUAAAUGCUUUCAAAUGUUUGGUUGCAACAAACAUUGAAACUUUAUCUUUCGCUUUAAAUAAAUGUCUGAAAACAUUACCUUUCUUAA